AUGUGCUACGACCGCUACGUUGCCAUCUGCAAACCCCUGCACUACGGGACCCUCCUGGGCAGCAGAGCUUGUGCCCACAUGGCAGCAGCUGCCUGGGCUGCUGGGUUUCUCAAUGCUCUGCUGCACACAGCCAAUACAUUUUCUUUGCCCCUGUGCCAGGGCAAUGCCCUGGGCCAGUUCUUCUGUGAAAUCCCACACAUCCUCAAGCUCUCCUGCUCACACUCAGGCUACCGCAGGGAAAUUGGACUUAUGUCUUUUACUCUCUCUUUAGAACUUGGCUGGUUUGUUUUCAUUGUUUUCUCCUAUGUGCAGAUCUUCAGGGCUGUGCUGAGGAUCCCCUCUCAGCAGGGACGGCACAAAGCCUUUUCCACGUGCCUCCCUCACCUGGCCGUGGUCUCUGUUGUUACCAGCACUGCAACAUUUGCCUACCUGAAGCCCCCCUCCAUCUCCUCCCCAUCCCUGGAUCUGAAUGUGUCAGUUCUGUACUCGGUGUUGCCUCCAACACUAAACCCCUUCAUCUACAGCCUGAGGAACCAGGAGCUCAAGGAUGCCCUGAGAAAA